AUGGUUUACAAUUGUAACGAAUGCGGGAGUAAUUUUCCAAAGCUGAGUCAAUUACUUCAACACAGGAGGACAGAAAAUCACUGGAGAAUGUUUAGUUGUGAUACGUGUGGAAAAACAUUUAACCGAAAAGUAAACUUAGACAGACAUAAAAAGAAGCAUACGAUAACCAAUAAUCUACAAUGUACAGUUUGUAGCCAACCGUUUACACGCUAUGAUAACCUCAAACGUCAUCAGAUGGAGAAACAUCAGAUGGGUGGGGGGUUGAAGAGAUCAGCGGAAAAUGAUGACAUACCUAUAAAACGCUUGAAGAAAAACGACGAUCCUAAAGAAUUUUACAAUAUUACGAAAAUCAAUGAACAGCGCAUGGAAAAUUUAAAACGACAUCCUUACUUACAAAAGAAAACAUUGAAAGAAAAACGAUGUUUCAUACGUAUCCAGAAUGACGAUGACUUAUGCUGUGCGAGAGCCCUUAUUACGGCCAAAGCUAAAUUAGACCAACAUGAAAAAUGGAACAGCAUCAGACAGGGACGUGAAAUACAAAAGCAAUUGGCAGAAAGGUUACAUAAAAAUGCCGGUGUGUUCCUAGGACCUUGUGGUAUUGAUGAAAUCAAGAAGUUUCAAAAGGCUCUGUGUGGAUACCAGAUAAACAUCGUGUCGGCUGACCAUUUUAACGGUAUUAUCUACGCUGGACCAGAUGCUGAAAAGAAAAUCUAUCUCUACUACAGUAACAAUCAUUACGAUAUAAUUACCAGUAUGCCAGCCUUCUUAUCCAGAAAUUAUUACUGUACAAUAUGCGGAAAGGAUAUGACCAUAAGGAAAAACAUUCGUGUAACAAUGCGUGUCACAACUGUAAGAAAAUACAUAGCCCGAGUGAAGAAAAAUGGAUCCAUUGCGAGAUAUGCAAUCGAUUGUUUCGAGGACAAGAGUGCUUUGAUCUUCACCAAAAAGCAACAGCGAAAGGAAAUUCAACGUGCCUCACUUACAUCAGAUGUGAAGACUGUGGAAAAACAAUAA